GAGUGGAGUGUCAGAGGCCGAAGCACCAGCACUCUAGCGAGAACGACGGGGAGGUCAUCUCGAGUGGGACGCCUGACAGCACUGACCUCUACAUGAAGGGUUCCACUCCGCCAGACCUGACGCCCGACGUGAGCCCCGUGCCGAGCCGGCCGUCCACUCCGCCUCGAAGCCCUGCCUCCAAGCCCUCGCACCGCACCAAGAACGCCCGCUUCCUGCGGCAGAGCGCUGUGGACGACGAGAGGGGUGGAACCUCUGAAAUCCAGGUGCUGCUGGAGGGGCGGGGUGAGGGGCGGAGCGAGGGACGGUCGGGUGGAGGUGGAGGAGAUUAUCUGAAGGCUAACAGCUGGAGCGAAGAAAAGGACAAGCGCUCGUCACGUGGCGGCAGCAGCAGGGGUGGCAGCAGGGGCAGCAGCCGCUCAACCACACCAUCCGUGCCGGAUGCUAACGGCCACAAGCACUCCUCCUCCAAUCAUAAGCCGCGAGAGCACGGCUCGUCCAAUCACAAAAGCUCGCGGGAGAGGUGGGCGGACUGUCCGUCCGCGUCCUGGACUUCGCAUCGUCAUGGCGACAGCCUGGCCCACUCCCGCCUGCUGGAGCAGGAUGAGGAGAAGCUCAGCAACUACGAGAUGGAGAUGAGGCCGCUGCAGCCCAUGGACUCCAAUUCCCAGAAGCCCUAUGGGCAAGGGGCGGAGCAUCACGGUCACUCUGAGUCUCGCUCACACACGCUGCAGAGACGGGGCAAAACCCGGGACCGAGAGAAAGAUAGAGAUAGAGAGAGGGAGAGAGAGAGGGAGAGAGAGAGGGAGUCCCGGGACACAGUGAGGCCCUCGGGGGCCCGGGACAGCCGGGAAGGGCCCAGUCCGGACUCUUCCUCAGUGCAAAAGCUGGACACUCUCCGCAUGGGGGAGAAACUAGAGGCUCGGCCUCUGCGCAGGGACCUCACACUCUCUCCUCCACAGAAAUCCUCACCCAUUGCACUAGAACACGACAACGAGAACCAGACACAGCUCAAAGCAAACUCG